AUGAUACCCUUCGUACAAUCAUCCCAUGCGGGUGCUGGCUGGCAUUUGGUCGGCCGUGCGUCCGCCUUCCCCGACGUAAGCUCAGGCAACGACGACUGCCAGGUCACCCCAAGUUGCAAAGCUUUCAGUAUCCCCAAAACAAAUAGCCCCGGGGAUCCCAAGGCUCCAGUCGAAGCAGAUCUGGAACGGGCCGGGGAUUUGAAGGACCAAGUGCUCGUGUUCAAGUACAAGGGCAAAUUCCAUGCCAUUGACCAUCAAUGCCCUCACUCGUCAUUCCCACUUUCACAGGGGAGCCUCUUUGACAUUGAGGACUUUGGGGUUGUCCUCAGUGCCGGAAUCACCUGUCCCAAGCACGGCUGGUCCUUUGAUAUUUUCUCGGGGCUGUCGGACCGUGGUAGCUACAAGCUCAAGGUUUGGGAUGUGCAGCUACGUAACUCCGAGACCCCGACUGAUGAGGCUUCCGAAACCACCGAUCAAGAAGUCUGGGUGAGGCGGAAACAGCGGAUUGGCUAA